GAUAUACAGUAUGUGACAGCGACAGUGAUAAAAAAAGAAGAACAGCUGGUUAUAGACGAAAUUAUUUAUUAUUACUUGUUUCUAAAAUACUCAUAUUUUUAUAAUUUCAAGUUAUAGAUACAUAUUUUUUAAAAUGGACACCGAUAAAAAUUGGAAUAGACCGUGGAGUACGGAUGAGAUUAUUGCAAAUGCCGAAAACUGGUCACUAGCUGGAGAUGUGGCCCUAUUGAAUACAAUUAAACAAUUUGCAAAUAAUUUGCUUACAAAAACAGAUAAUUUGAAUAAAAAUGUAAAUGAUCUUUUAAAGGAUUUAAAUGAAGUAGGUUUACAACUAGAUUUGUCUCAAAAUGAAUUUCAGAGUUUGAAAAAUACUCAGUUUAUAGAAAGUAGGGUCUAUGAUGACGACGAAACCUUGGACAGUAAUGGAAAUGAAAAAGUUCUAGAACAAAAUGCAAAACAAUCAGAAGAAGAAACACAUUUUGAUGUUAAUUUGACAUUAGAAGUUGAAUUGCUUGAUAAAUAUUUUGAAACUGUGGAAAUAUCAAUUAGUGACAGUGAAGACGAAUCAGAAAAAAGUUUUGUAUUGAAACCAAUAGACGUGUAUACAGAUAGACCCUUACCUCCUUUAAUUGGUUCAAAAGAAUGGUACACCAAUUGGUAUUUAGAAGAUGAAUUUAAUGAUACAGAUUCUCAAAAAUCUGAAGAAGUUUAUAGUGAUUCCGAUAGUGAUAACAACUUACCUAAAGAUUUAACGUUUACUUCUGAAACUAGCUCUGAAAUAGAUUUUUCACAUAGUACCACCGAAAAUAAACAUGUAACUAAUGCUAAUAUAAAAAAUAUUGUCAAAAUUCCUGAAUCAACUGCUUCAACUGAGGGAAGUGAAAGCUCAAGUUCUUUACCCACAAAGGUUCCCAUUUCAAAUAAAAUUUUUGCUGAGCAAUUGACAGCUAAGUUGGAUAAUGUAAUAAGUAAAGAAGAAAAGAUUUCUGAAGAAAUAAAUUCAAAACCUAUUCAACCGAUUAAGAAUAAUACGUUUUUAGGUUUAUUUGCUGAUGAACCUCCACCUUUAAGUGAUUCUGAAAAUAAAACUACAAAAGGUAUUUUUUCUGGUGGUAAGAAUCUUUUCGAUGAAGAUGAUGAUGAAGACACUUUGUUUAAAGAUAGUGGGAAAAAAGGUGUUCUGACUCACAAUACACAGAAAAGUGUAGAUGAUGUAUUUGAAAAUACAUCAAUAAAUAAUAAUUUCCUUCCUCAAUCAUCACAGGUAUCUAAAGGUCUCUUCGAUAGUGAUGACAGUGAUGAUGAAGUAAUUUCUUCAAAUCGAAAUAAACAAAAUACUUUUUUACAAUACCAAAAAUCUGUCAUUCCUUUAAUUGAGGACGAACCGCCUGCAUUAGAUAGAGUAACGUCAACAAAAAAGAAACCCGUAGGAGGUGUUUCUGUCUUUGGUAAAGAAAAUAUCAAUGAUUCUAUUAAGAAAAGACAAAAUAUCAGUUCUGAAAACCAAGAAAAUAAGAUACUUGGAAAAGAUGAAGUCGCUUCCCAGAAGAUUUUGAAUUUAUUUCAAGAUAAUGAUGAAGAUAUAUUUACAAAAAUAAACAGUAAAAAAACCAACUUGUUUGAUGAUGAUUUGAACAAAGAAAAUCGUAAUAAAUCUAGUUCAGAAACAUUAAAAAAGAAAAAGAAAAUUUUAAGUUUGUUUGAUGAUGAUGAUGAUGAAUCAGAAAAAGAAGAUGAUCUCUUUAAUAUACCCAAGAAAAACAAAGAAAAGAAAUCGGAUCUAUUUGAUGAUGCAUUAUUUUCUACAGGUCCUCCUAUGAUCAAAGAUAAUAAUAAAACAUCAAAUAUUAAAAAUAGUCUUGAUAAAGAUGAAAAAAUAGAAAAUAUCGGUAUUAACACAAACUUUGAUAAACCAAGUGGAGAAAUUGAUAAAAAAUCUGUACAGUUUACAGAUAAUUCUUCAUUUAGUAAAGAUAAACAGCUGAGUGUAAAAUCUAAACUUGCAAGUUUAUUUGAUGAUAAUGAAGAAGAUGACGAAGAUGAUAUAUUUGCCAAUGUUACAAAGAAAAUCGAUUUCAAUUUGUUUGAAGAACCUGAAAGUUCCGAUGACUUGUUUAGCAUUAAAAAAGAAAUCAAGACUGAUCAAGAUAUAAUAAAAAUAGCUCAAGUAGAAAACACUAAAGAUUUUGUAAAGAAUAAAUUUGAUAAAAGUAAGCCUGGCACAAAUGAAGACACAAAUAAAUUUGCAUAUAAUAUAGAUACUAUUAAACAAGACGAAGAUUAUUCAAAAUCGCAACGAAUUGAAAAGGAUGAUAGUAAAAGUAGCUCUGUAUUAGAAGAAAAUAACAUGUCAUUAUUUGAUGAUGACAUGGAUGAAGUUGGUUUGUUUGGCACUAAUAAGAAAUUCCAUUCAUUUAAUGAUGUAAAAAGAGAAGACACAUCAAACAAACCUCCGAUUGCCCAAAAACCAGAUUCAAAUAUAAUAAAAGAAAGUGGAAUUGUACAAAGUUCUAUUUCAAACAAAAUUUGUGAAUCCGAAUAUGUUUCUGAUCCAUUUCUUAAAACUUCUACGUCUCCAACAUCAAAUGAUAUAAUUUCCGGUUCUACAUCCGAGAAGCUCUUUGUACAAGAUUCUGUGCCAGUGGUGGCUUUGUUUGAAUCGACUCCACCUCCAGAUGAUUACGAGUGGGAUAAUAAAUCUGAUAUUUUGUCAGAUACCGAAGAUUUCUUAGGGUAUGGGCGGGAUAAGAACGACAUAAUUAUAUCGAGUGUGUUUGAUAAUGAACCUCCUUCUUUAAAUGAAGACGAAUCGAGUGGAAUCGUAAAAAACCCUAGUAACAUAAGGAUCGAUACGGAUGAUUCAUUGUUUGAUCCUCAAGCUUCUUCAUCGAGCAGAUUAUCUUCGGAAAUACUCGAGGAUAGUAUUUUGAUUACAAAUCCAUCACAAUUUUCCAUUAUAGCAGAGGACUCUAAAAUAACCAUUGAUGUAGUACCUAGUGAAACAUUAGAUGUUUCUUCCGAAGACGUGCAAAAUAUUAAAAAUGAAAAAAUAAUAGAAAAUGAAGAACUAUUAGAAAACAAGGAAGUUGUUAACAAAAAAAUUGCUAGUAUCACAGAAAUGCUAAAGAAUCAGAAUAAUCAAAACCAGAAGAAAAAUAACGAAAACAAAUCGUCUCCAGGAAAACUGAAGCAAAGUUUGAACAUUAACGUCGAAGCCUUACUACCUGGUUAUUCUCAACAAAAAAUUGGUAGUUUAUCAAAAUCACAAAGUUGUGAUGAUAGUGAGAAUGAAAUUUCGAAUGUUAUUAAUUUAAGUGAAAAUGAAGACGAAAAUAAUAAAUUGGAGCCAGAGACAUCCAUCGGAUUUGACACAACAGAUAGAGUAGAAAUCUUGCCAAAUAUUACCAAGGGGAGAGUGCGUAUUCCUACUAAGAGGAGACCGCCGAGUAGAAGAGGAAGGCAAGAAGCUAUACGUAAAUCUACUUCUGGUGAAUUAUCUCCAGAUUCGGAUGAAUUGGAGGCUGUAAUACAACAAGUUUCAAAUUCAACAGAAACAAACAAACAGAUUGUUUCUAAGAAAAAUAACAAUAAUGAAAAUAUAAAAAGUAAAUCGGAUUCUAAUAGCAUUGAUUCGCCUUUGGAGGAAAUUAAAAAUGAAACAAUUAAACGAAAUACAAAAAAAGAUCUUUUCGGAUCUGGUAGUGAAUCUGAUGACGAUCUUUUUGGUAUUCAAAAAAAUAAGAAGGGAAUUGGGAAGAAAGCUAAUAUAAAUAAAUCUUUGUUUGAUGAUAGUUCCAGUGAAGAUGAUUUAUUUUUGGAUAGAAAAACUAACAAAUCAACAGUAAAGACACAAAAAGUUGAACCUACAAUUAAGAAACUAGAAAAUGUCGAAACUGAAGAAGAUCCCUUAUCGAAUUUAUUAUAACUACAAAAUCAAAAAUUAUUAUGAUUUUACAUACUAUUGUGAUAUAUAUAAAGUUUAUUCCUAAUAAAAAAUAAUUAUUAUUCA